GUUGCUUCGUCGCGAUUUUGACAAUCCGGUGCGCUACCUCGGAAAAAAGUGUACGAAAACAAUAAAUAAACCCGGUUCAACAGAUACCUUCUUUUCACACGAUUCUCAACUCAUUUUAAAAUCAUGGCAAGUCGUGCGGCUAUGCUUUUGGGGCAGGUUGUGCCGUGUGUUAAGUUAAACGCAUCCAAGAUACGCGUGCGGCGAAUGGAACUGGAUACUAAUCUGAAUAUGUACUUCAAAAAGGACGAAUUUUACUUUGCUCACGAUCCGGACAAGCGUUGCAAAACUGGCGACAUCGUAUUGAUAAAGGAAUUGCCCGAUAAGCUUACCCGGCUCAUUUCACAUUCGAUCGAGGAAAUCGUUUACCCACUGGGAGAUAUUACCGACCCCAUCACAGGCAAGAAAGUAGUCGUGGGCAAGUAUCGCGAGGAUAUUGAAGAAGCAAAUCGGCUAUUUGGCAAAUCAAAGGAUGCAUUUGACUAUUCCAACGCACCUCCACGUGGUCGGUUGGAGGGUACACGUGAUUUCACGCAUGGCGAAACGUACAUCAAGUACCAUGAGGAUGGCAAGGAUCAACCAUUUGCCGUGUAAUGUGGUAUGUAAGAAUUCGCUAUCCUAUAUUAAUAUGUCGUCUAUGUUACAAAUAAAGUAAUAGUAGUGUAAUAAUCAGAUGUACCAGAUACAAUCGAAUAAACACCAGAGCAUGACGGUACGAACCGAACAA